AUGCACCGAAUGAAGAAUAGAAACAGUGGAUGGGGCCCCCUUGGGGGGGGCCCCCCUGGGGUGUCUGGGGGGGGCCCCCCUGGGGUGUCUGGGGGGGGCCCCCUUAAGGGCCCCCCUAUAGAAGGGCUUAAUGAAGAUAAUGAGAGUCUACCAACAUUGCUGCUUUAUUCACCUGUCUUUAAUAAAGCAAUCUCUCAAGAGCUGCAGCAAAAGGAGACAGCUGCGAGGAGACAAAAAGGAGACGGUGAAGGAGACAGCGAAGAAGAUUUAAAGGCCAAGACACAAAUAGAGAGAGCGAAACUACAGCAUAAUCCUAAAGAUGCUGACGCUUGUUAUAAACUAGAAACAGCAGCAACAGCAGGAACUGCAGCAGCAGCAGGAGCAGCAGCAGCAACUGCGAAUGAAGCAGCAGCUGCCGAUGAGCCUACAGCAGCAAAAGGAGACAGUAAAACCCCUACCCCUUCUCCUCGUCUCUCGCAGUCUGCUGCAUCCGAGCAGUUACUUCCGGAAGCAGCAGCAGCAACGGAAGCAGCAGCAGCAGCAACAACAACAGAAGCAGCAGCAACAGCAGCAAAGGGUUCUGCUUCAGCAGCUUCAGGAGAUUCGCAUGCCAGUCCUGCAGCAGAGAGUAGCAGGGGCCCCUCCCCUGCUGCGCGUGGGGGCCCCCCCCAAAGUAAUGUCUUAUCAUCUGUAGACAUAGGAGAGACAGACAGAAAGGAGACAGUUAGAAGACCCCCAAAGGGUACAGCAGACUCUAGGGAUGCCCUUGAUAUAGUCAAGGAUGAGCACAACCAGGAGGCAGGGGGGCCCCCUACAACAUCAAGCGGCCCUAAAGAGGGUGGGGGCCCCUUGGAGACAGCUGGGGGCCCCUCAGAGACACCCGGGGGGCCCCAGGAGACACCUAGGGGCCCCACAGAGACAGCUGGGGGCCCCCAAGAGACACCUGGGGGGCCCUCAGAGACACCCAAGGGGCCUCCACAGGCACCUGAGGGGUCCUUAGAGACAGCUGGGGGGCCCCAGGAGACAGCUGGAGGGCCCCAGGAGACAGCUGGGGGCCCCCGGGAGAGAGCGAGUUGUGUGUGCAGCGUAGCAGAGAUAGGGGGCGUGGUGUACAGCACAAAGCAGCACGCAAGAAGAAGGAUAGAAGAACAGCAAGAGGGUUUGGGGGCCCCUCAAUUUUUAUCUCUUGAAAAGCUCCUGGGGCACUUAUACUUCGAGCAGGGUGAAUUCGAGUUAGCCAUCAAAAGAUACUGGAGGGGGCUGCUGGGGCGCAGGGUUUAG